AUGGUUUUAAAGUUGUGGGAACGCAUUUCGCAAGCGGAUAAUGUGUUCCAGGCGCUUCGACCCUUGACUUAUAUCUCCCUUUUGGGCCUGGCUCCCUUUCGAUUGAAUUUGAAUCCUCGGAAGGAGGUACAGACAUCAACGUACUCCUUUAUAGCCGGCAUAGUGCACUUCCUGUUCUUUGUUUUGUGUUUUGGAAUAUCUGUGAGGGAAGGAGACUCCAUAAUAGGAUACUUUUUUCAAACGAAUAUCACACGUUUGGGUGAUGGAACUCUUCGGCUGACUGGCAUCCUGGCCAUGUCCACUAUUUUUGGGUUUGCCAUGUUCAAGAGGCAGCGCCUGGUGAGCAUCAUCCAGAACAUCAUCGUGGUGGAUGAGAUAUUCGUGAGGCUGGGCAUGAAGCUGGACUACCGAAGGAUACUGUUUUGUAGCUUUCUGAUCUCCUUGGGAAUGCUCCUGUUUAAUGUCAUUUAUUUGUGUGUGAGCUAUGGCCUGCUGGUCAGUGCCACCAUCUCGCCUUCGUUUGUGACCUUUACGACCUUUGCCCUGCCGCACAUCAAUAUUAGUUUGAUGGUCUUCAAGUUUUUGUGCACCACAGAUUUGGCCAGAAGUCGUUUCAGCAUGUUGAAUGAAAUCCUCCAGGACAUUUUGGAUGCACACAUUGAGCAGUAUAGUGCCUUGGAACUCUCCCCCAUGCAUUCGGUGGUGAAUCAUAGAAGAUACUCACAUCGCCUAAGAAAUUUGAUUAGCACUCCCAUGAAGCGGUACAGUGUUACCUCUAUAAUACGUCUCAAUCCGGAAUAUGCCAUUAAGCAAGUCUCCAAUAUACACAAUCUUCUCUGCGAUAUUUGUCAAACCAUUGAGGAGUAUUUUACCUAUCCGCUGCUUGGCAUCAUUGCCAUAUCUUUUCUAUUCAUUCUGUUUGAUGAUUUUUACUUACUGGAAGCUAUUUUGAAUCCCAAAAGAUUGGAUGUCUUCGAGACAGAUGAAUUCUUUGCCUUCUUUCUCAUGCAAUUGAUAUGGUAUAUAGUAAUUAUAGUACUGAUUGUGGAAGCCAGUAGUCGAACGAUUGUACAUAGCAAUCAUACGGCGGCUAUAGUUCACAAGAUAUUGAAUAUCACCGAUGAUCCGGAGCUGAGGGAUCGCCUUUUUCGGCUUUCCUUGCAAUUAUCCCACCGAAAGGUCCUGUUCACUGCCGCUGGUUUGUUUCGUUUGGAUCGUACUCUGAUUUUUACAAUUAGUGGUGCUGCCACUUGCUACCUCAUUAUCCUUAUUCAAUUUCGAUUUACACAUCAUCUGGAAGAGACCGCUGGCAAUUCCACAAAUCAUUCGCACCCCAUACAUGUGGGGGAAUAA